GCUGGUCGGCCGCUGUCUCCUGCUUGUCGACCAUUCACGAUAAUCACAAGCAUGAUACAGCAAGCUACCAGCACCACAACAGGUGCGCAAACUGCUGCUGCAACACUACCGUCCCAUUUCGAUCGAAGCAAACUUCGCUUGUACUGAAUGUCACAUUACCAUCACUCAAACAGCAUCUCUACCUUCCCCAUCUCGCAGCUCGCUUCUCGCAUCUGCUGUCAAACCAUCUCAUCGCAAAUCAAACUUUCCGUUGCUUCGAACAAACCAAGCCAUGCCCACACCUGACCAAACCACAACUACUGGGAUGCGUGUUCAAAAGAGUGGUGGUUCUCGAGAACGCGGCUUGCAUCGAGUCCAUCCACAUCUCCCUGCCUUGAAUGCUGAGUUUCGUUGACCACCUACUUACCUUCUAGCCUUCGACAGAUCUGUCUCCACAAUCGACACUGCAGCACCUACUUGCUUGAAGCGAUCGCCGUGUCUGGUGGCUGAACUUCGGCAAUGUCGGCAAACGCUCCAUACUACCAGAUGCGUACCAGCCAGCCGUCUACGGAUACCUACAGCUCAAGUGCGGCUGGGCAGUCUGAUACGCUUCAAGAUGGUGACUAUGGUCUCACGACCAUGGAGGCCGUGGAGCGUGCUACUGGGAACCAGCACUUACCUGCACACUCAGAGAAUGCGGCGCGUCGACCCGGAGCUGUCAGCCAACACAACGAUGUCGAAGAGAACCGCAACCUAGCGGAGCUUUUGGAGGCUGCGACGACAGCUGCAGACCAAGACCAUGUAGCCAUGCAUCCUCCCGCCACCGAAUCUGCCGUACCACACGCAAAUGACCAAAACAAAAGGAAAAGAGCCUCCAAUAUUCAAACUGACGCACACGCUUCCAUCGAACCCAUCUUCGAAGAUAACGAGAGAUCAACCAUGAAGCGACGUUGCAUCAACACCUCUUCAACUGAUCCCAAUCUACGACCUCAUGAAAGCGACACUGUCAUGUGCUCUCCUGCUUCGAAGAACAGCCCUUCGCCAUCUCGCAACCUCCUUGUUGACGCACGCGCGGCAGGAGUGCAUUCAGCCGCCGCUCUCUUUCGCCGUACCUCGACCAACACAACGCGCAAGUACACUCGACCACCCAUGUCUAAGCUCUUCAUGUCGCUGAAUAUCUCGCCUGAAAACUUCAUAGCCCUACAGUCUCUCGCAAAGACAUACAUGCUUUCGCCCGCACACCCUGAUCGUCAAUCAUGUGUUGGUAACCGCGGCAAAGGCGAUACUGACAUGGUUAAACUACGCCUCUUCAACUGCGUAAGAGACUUCCUUGCUGAUAGCGUGGGCGGGCAAUUCUUUGGCGAGCAUGUAGCAAAGCCUGGCGAGAAGGAGAACAGUGAGGCUGCUGCUGCGCUGGGAGAGAAGGAAGGAGGGAGUGAGAAGUUAGUAUGGCCACGAGACGGCAACAAAAUUAUAAGUCUUGUUACGCCCCUUAUGAGGAGGAUGGUCACGAAUGAGCGUCAAAGACUGUACGCCAUCGAUACGCGGAAGGGCGGGAAAAAAACAGAGAAAGAGUCGAGCACUGAAGCCCAGAGCGUGCCCGGCACACCGGCGCACGAUGUCCACCAACACCAGCAGACCGUACUUGACCCCACACUCCAACGCCCUGCUACCCGAGUAAUCUCGCCUUCCACGCCGCCGCCGAUGAACGCGCAUACAUUUACCGUCAACUUCGCACCGCCAACGUCCAAUCCCCCGGCCUUCUUGUCACCCACAGCUGUCCCUCCACCUUCUCCCACUGACGCCUCCGAACCAAACCUCACAAAUAUCAAUGUCUUCUUGAUAUACAAUCCCAGUACCACGAGAAGCGUCAAAAUCGACGAGAAGCGCAUCUCAACAACUCGACCUGCACACUUGAGCUUCUAUAACUACACCGCUUUCAUCGAACAGGUCAACGCCAUGGUCGGUCGAGUGGAGCUUCUCCAUCCCUCUAUCAAACAUGCCGCUGUCACGUCAGACGGCGUGGGAGACACCGAGAGUCUGCGUGGGCUUGCCGCGGCAGCAAACGCACUGCAGCCGGACAAGGAUGACCAACACCUGAAGUCGUCAGCAAGCGCAAAUUAUACGAUCAAAACGAUCGGUCCUAGUGGCUGGCAGGUCAUUGAUAGUGCGCAGACUUGGUAUCAUGUGCUUACGGAGCGGGCGUUUGCGAUGUGGGCGGAUGGAGUGUGCAAUAUUAUUGUUGAGCUUGGUGCUACUCAGGUAGUGAGGAAGGCCGAGCGUGCAAGUGAAGGGAUGAGUGGCGAGGUACAGAUGGAGGACGCGUAAUGACUAAGAGGACAUAUUUUGCAUGUCGGCGUUGUGUUCGUUCGAUCUGCUCAUCUUGUUUCGCAUGCACCUGCGUGCCAUGGCCCAGCGGACAUCAGACCAGGUGAACGUUUCACACUAGAAUAUGUUCCACUUUGCAUUUACACAUAGACAACCCCAGCUUUGCGUGAACCGGAAAUCGCUCUAGGUCAUGCAACUAUUUCUGUUCACCGUGCCUUCCUCUGCGGAAC